GCACAGUCAGAUAACAUUUUAUUAUGCGUGUAGGAAACUACUGCACCAUGUGCUUCAAGUGUUAUGAAGAUAAUGACUAUGAAAGCCAGAUGAUGCAGUGCUCCACGUGUAACCACUGGGUCCAUGCUAAAUGUGAAGGCCUGACAGAUGACUUGUAUGAAAUCUUGUCGAGUCUGCCUGAGAGUGUGGUGUACUCCUGUCAGCCGUGUUUACAAGAGCAGCCUGAUGGAGAGGACGUUAAUGGAGCAGUCUGGAGGGAACUGCUCGACCAGGAGCUGAAGACUGGCUUGGAGAGGGUGCUUUCUUGCCUGCUGAGCUCCAGCCCCACUAAGCCGGUCACCUGCAAAAAGUGCACUACAAUGGGUUCCCUGAACACUGUGGAUGAAAAUGUACCUGUCUGUGACUUCCGUGCUAUUGGAAAGAAGUUUGAGGAAGGCCUGUACACAUCCUUGAAAUCCUUUCAUGAAGAUGUGGUGAAAGUAAUUCGCAAUCACAUGGAAGAUGAGGAAAUUUUACCAGAGGACCAAAGACCCACUGCCCUUGCCCGCUCGUAUUACUGGAAGCUCUUAGAGGAAGUAUAUGGUUGGUUUAACAGUCGGGACCCUAAAGUAUGGGAUCCACGCUCUAAACAUCUGCCAGCCGGGAUGCUUGCGCAUGCUGUGAUGCCGCCAAAUUAUGAACAUGUUUAUGCUCAAUGGCGUGAGAGAGAUGCAUGUCACAAGAUGUUGGACGGCGCCCCACAGAUGACUGGAAGACACGUGGAUGUUAAAUUGGGAGAAGAGGAGGAUGUGUCCACACCUUUAGCCCAUAACUCUACAGGAUACUUUAUGGACCAUGGGGCAUUACAAAUGAACCUGAAAGGGAAGAAGGCUCGGCCUACUAAAUCUGACCUGGACACAGUUUUGUCAAAAGACGACGAGAGACAGUGCGCUCUGUGCCAAAAAUACGGUGAUGCAAAGGCCAGUGAUGCAGGGAGGUUGCUCUAUCUCGGGCAGGAUGAAUGGGCUCAUGUAAAUUGCACCAUGUGGUCUGCAGAGGUGUUUGAGGAGGACAAUGGUUCACUUCUGCAUGUUCACAGUGCUGUUGCAAGAGGUCGUCUGAUGCGCUGUGAGCGGUGUAACCGAACUGGGGCAACAGUAGGUUGCUGCCUUACUUCGUGCCAGAGUAACUACCACUUCAUGUGCGCCCGCUUUCGCAACUGUGUCUUCCAGGAUGAUAAAAGAGUUUUCUGUCACAAGCAUCGUGACCUUAUAAGUGGAAAAAUCAUCACUGGUCAAGGGUUUGAAGUACUACGGAGAGUUUAUGUGGAUUUUGAAGGGAUUAGUUUUCGCAGAAAGUUUUUGACUGGAUUGGAGCCGGAGUCAAUCAAUUUAAUGAUAGGUUCUUUGCUAGUAAAAAAGCUUGGAAAGCUGAGUGAAUUAUCUGCCUGUCAUGGAAAACUUUUCCCCGUGGGUUAUGAAUGCUCUCGCUGGUAUUGGAGUACUGUGAACCCCUUAAAUCGAUGCAAAUACACAUUUCGCGUUAGGGAGGUCUGUCCAACUGUUCAGGAAAAACCAGUGGAAGAGUCAACUGAUCAGGGAGGAAACUGCACAAUUGCCCACAGCCCAUGCCCCCAAUCAGAAUCUGAAGCCCCGGGAGUGGUUUUAUCUUCAACUAAUCCUUCCACUGAAACAAAUUCCACCUCGUUAUCUAUCUUUGCCAAACCGGACCUUGGUGCUCGUCCCAAAAUCCCUUUAUACCCCCAGAACAGAAGACCUGCUGGAGGACUAUCCAGACCACUGCCUUCUCCAGGAGCUGCCCCAACCAAACCUCACCACAUCCUGACUAUAAGUGAUUUGGAUGACACUCGAAGGCCACGACGGCAUAGCCUACACCCACAGAAUAGUGGUACCCGCAGUCACAUGACCUCCCCUACUCUUGGAUCUCCUGCAGGCCCAAUUGCAUCUAGAGCAGGUGGUUCCCACCACCCUAAAACCUCCCAGCCUACCUCCCCCAUUUUCCCCCUUGGUGCUACUGAAAACCAGCUGACCUCUUCAUCAGCUCGUCCUGUUGGUCGAAGUGCUUCCUCAGUCCGGGGUUCUGGAAUAUUGACUCCCCAUUCUACCUCAGGACUGUUUUCACAGUCCACAAAGCAAGGUGGCAUUGGCUCUAGCCCUUGCACCAAACGAUCCCUCACCUCUCCCACCCACCUCUCCACAAGACCAAGGCCUUUUGAUUUUAAUCAAAUAGACUCUGUUGAACUUCCACAUAAUUUUAUAGCAUCACCACAGGAGCAUCCAGCAGAAAAUGGUGCCUUGCCAUUAAGAGACCUUUUGGGUUCACAAAAAGGUAAUCAUCUAGGUAGUGACAGGGAUUUCCCUUACACAUCCUUCCACUUAGAGGCAGACUUGACUGUGGCACCUGAGCUGAGAACAGAACUUGAAAUUGAAGAAACCGAACUGAAUGAAGGUGUUGCUAUGAACUGCAGUGCACAAAUUGUAGUUGAAGGUGAAGACAACCAGGUAGACUUCUGGGAGCCAGAUGAAGAGAAGUCCAUAAUGUCUACCCAGGGAUUGUCUUGUCCCGUUGAUCCUUGUAGGGAUGACUGGGGUAAUAGUUCUUCUGAUGGGGACAUGGAAAACUACUUCAACUUCAGACGCAUGGUGGUUACUACAAAGGCUCAGAGGGAUGCCUCCCAGACAUCUGCAUCUCCAUCUUUAAGGCAGAUUUCACAACUUGAUGGUGUGGAUGAUGGGACAGAGAGUGAUACAAGUGUGGCUAAUAAUGAUAACCAGGGUGUAAAAUUGUUGAAUCAAGCCCAAAAGCCACACAAACCACUCAACGCUGUGCCUCAUGAACAGACUGCUAGCAAUGGGCUAUGUUUGGCAUUUCCAAAUCCUGUUUCUGAUUUUUCUUCAAUUUGGUUAGAACCCGUGUCCAACUCGGAGGUUGUUGCUGAUCAAGAUUCUUUUGGUGUAACUCAAACAUUGCAAUCAAACCCUAGGGUGGUUGUACACUCACAAGACACUUUGACUAAUUUUGUUGACCUAAAGCCUAUAAACCAUGCAUUUUCUAUAUAUGGUAAUGAUUACCAAGCCCCUCAUUUAAUGGUAGAACCAGAGACACCCUUAAUUCUGGAGAGAUGUGAUCCUCUUUCACCAAAUGCACAUUUCACUGAUUUGGUCCCAGUCCAAGAUUCUCUGAGUGACCCUCCAGACCCUAAAGAAUUGUACUUGGAUCCUAGUAGUGGCCACUUUGUGUCGUCUAUAGAUGACUCUAGAGUUCACCAAAACAACCACUUGCAAGAUGAUUCCCCUGACUUAAUGGAAGUGAAUGGAAUUCAGAGUCUACAGCAACAAAAUCCUGUUCCUUCCACAGUGUUACCCAAAUCUGCAUCAUCUUCUGAACCUUUAUCUUCUGAUUCCUCUGCACACGUUCCUUUUGCAGCAUGCCCAAAUCAGACACCUUCUGCAAAUGUGUCCUUGUUCCCAGUCCAAACUCCUGAGGGUAAGACGGUCUUGCCACCCAUGGAGAGUUUCAGAACCAAAUUACACCCACCUGCUGAAACAAGGCAUCCUGCCUCUUCAGUUCCUGGAGGGGCAAUGCCAUGUGUUCCCACACAUUUGCCACAGAAACCAGAGUCUAUGCUGUCUGUACCAUCAGCCACUGGUGUACCCCUUGGGACUUAUGGGCCAGCUUUGGGUACAGUGUCUGUCCCGUUGCAUCCCACUUACCCGCAGCCUGUUGGCUCUACAACAGUUGCCAUAGUCUCCUCCUCCUCCUCUAUAACUUCUCAGCCAUCAGCUCUGUGCCAAGCAAUGCCUUCUGCCAUUCAGCCAGCCUCUGCUUCUGGUGUCAUCAAUGGGUACAACACCACACCUAUGCAAAGAGAAACAGCUCUAGGACGAAAAAUUUCCAUCAAUUUUUCAACCCCCAGAUCAACAAUUGAACCCCAACAACAGUUGGUUACCCAAGCAUUACCAGGUCAUGCAAUUCUUACUGUAAAAGAGGUUGGUGGAACCAAUGUGGAUCCUACACCACAUGUUUUACUUGUUAAUCGUCUUGGUCAGAUUUUUGUCAAAAACCCUGAAAGCAACACCUUCCAGUUGCCAACUCCAAAUUCCCCUUCAUAUAACUGUGUUACACAAAUCGCCAGCCUCUUGCAAAGCAAUGCCUUAUCGGCAACACUUGCAGCAGCUGGGAACUUGCCACCAGUUGCAGGUGCCACCAUUCCAACCCAAGUCCCACAAAUUGUGUCCCCAUUGGUACAGACCUCAAACACCAUUACACAGCUACUUACAACUAGUACUAAUGGAGCAGCUCCACUACCAGCACCAGAUGUUAAAAAGCCACGUAGGAAUGCCAAAGCUUCUGGAGAUAGAGUGAAAAAACCAAGGAUUAAGAAGGAGUCUUCCACACCUAGAAGAACAAAGUCUGCUAGCACACAUGGCCCAUCUAGCAAACAAUCAACAAGUCAAAUAGUAACCUCCUCAGAUAUAUCUAAUCAAGCAGAUAGUGCACAAGCUAUCAUCAACCAAGCUAUGGCUGGAUAUUAUGAUCCCAACAAGACUGUUUCCCGAAUUCCCUCAUCACCUCGUAACAGUACUAUUAUUGGGAAAAUUCAUACAAGUUCAGUAGUUUUACCGGAAGGACUCCUUGUCAAACAAGAGAUGAAGGCUUCCCCACCAGUGACACCAGAAGCAGCACCUCGACCAAAACAGGUUCGAAUGAAAAGAGUGUCCUCUUUAUCUGACCGUAUUGCCACCAAGAAAUCAAAAUCUGACUUUUUAGACCUGGACCGCCCUACUAAAUUGGAAGAACCACGCAAGUCAAACUCCAUAUCAGCCAGGUAUGGAGUUCGCAUUAAAACCCCAACCGUCAAGGGAAUUCUAGACUUGGACAAGCUGAAUGAAGAGCCUAGUAGUGACUCUGAGAGUGCAAGGCCUGGACCUUGGGAUCGUCUUUCCUUGCCUCGUGGUGGAGACAGCAACAAGCCAGCGACCUGGGAUCCUGCUAAUCGUAAUGCACUGUCUGACUGGAACAAAUACUCGGGGAUGCUGUCCUGUUCAGAUGAUGAGAUGUCUCCCUCAGAUGGUGAAGAGCAUAGUCCUCCCAGCCGAGACCAGCCCCACCUACGCUUUGAGAUCACUAGUGAUGACGGCUUCAGUGUAGAAGCAGACAGUAUUGAGGUUGCUUGGUCCACUGUUAUCGAGGGAGUCCAGGAGGCCCGUGCUGUCGCUGGACUGAGGCAGCUCACUUUUUCUGGGAUAAGCGGAGCGCAUGUGAUGGGAAUGCUGUACGAUGCCAUAGUGUACCUGGUGGAACAGCUCCAGGGGGCCAAUCGCUGCCAGCGUCACAACUUCCGCUUCCACAAGCAAGCCAGUCAGGAGGAAGAUCUGCCCAUUAACCCAAGUGGCUGUGCCCGCUCUGAAGUCUACCUAAGGAAAUCUACCUUUGAUAUGUUCAACUUCCUGGCGUCACAACACAGACAGCUUCCUGACACCGACCUCUAUGAUGAGGAGGAGGAUGAGAUUCUUCUCAAAUCCACCAGGCGUGCAACAAGUUUGGAGCUUCCGAUGGCGAUGCGCUUUAGACAUCUCGAGAAGACAUCUAAAGAAGCGGUUGGUGUCUACAGGUCUGCGAUUCAUGGAAGAGGCCUGUUCUGUAAACGAAACAUCGAGGCGGGAGAGAUGGUCAUUGAGUAUUCAGGCAUUGUCAUUCGUUCCGUUCUCACGGACAAGCGAGAGAAGUAUUAUGAUGGCAAAGGCAUUGGUUGCUAUAUGUUCCGCAUCGACGACUUUGACGUGGUAGAUGCCACGAUGCAUGGUAAUGCGGCGCGGUUCAUCAACCACUCCUGUGAGCCAAACUGCUACUCUCGAGUCAUCAACGUGGAGGGUCAGAAGCACAUAGUCAUUUUUGCUUUACGGAAAAUCUACCGUGGAGAGGAGCUGACUUAUGACUACAAGUUCCCCAUAGAGGAUGCAAGCAACAAGCUUGGCUGCAACUGUGGUGCCAAGCGCUGUCGGCGCUUCUUAAACUGAAGAGCAGUGCUGGAGAAGUUGCAGGGCAACUGCACGACAAUGGAGUUUGACGGGUAAAAACGGUGGACCAAGGCUUGUCUGAUAGAAGGCAGGUCCAAGCUGAAGGUUUCAAAGCUUAACAGUCACCUUUUCAAGUCCUUCAACCAGCACAUAUAAGGACCACCAAUUGUUGUGGAGCCAUUCACACCCUUCAACCAGGAUUCCUCCCGAUCAGUUGACAUUCAGUCCAGUAGAUGUGUGGUAACAAGGCCAUGGCCUUUUCAAGAACAUUUCCCACUAUGCUGCAUCGUCUUUGCUUCAUUAAAAGUUUUAUCGGAAUAGUUGUGGUUUUGAAAUGAAUCUCGGUUUCGGAGUCCUUGUAUAUUUUGCUGCAAAAUUGUGACUACUAUUUUGUUAUUUUCGCAGGCUUUUUUUGUGCUUUCCAAAAGCUGGAACACGCUUCCAAGAGUUUCGGGCAUUCUGUUCCCUUGAAAAACCUCAAGUUCCAAACGACCUCCCUUUGUCUCCUUUCUUGAACUGACGUUAAAGUGCUGGAUUCUUCACCUCCCUGUUUGAGAAGCAUAUUACUGUGCAGAAAACUUGGUGUGUGUGAAAGCUUAGCAGCAGUGAAGAUACUGUAAAAACAUGCAUAUUACUAAGGAAGUGAUGUGAACGUAUUCUAAUCUGUAUCUGUCAAUUUUAUUUUGGAUCACACUUUCAUGUUUAGCUGAGAAAGACUCCCACUGCUCAGGACAACACUGUAAACCCUUCAGAAUGACCCAUGGAUCCAUUCCUUGCACAUGGCAGUCGGAUAAAAAGACUCACUCUGUUGUCUGUGACCAUUUUUUUUUCUCGCUUUUAUUCUCCUCAAAGGCUUUAUUUUUAAUAAUCUAUUUUUAUGGGCAGGUCUAACUCUUCUGUUUCUGCGGGCUUGUUCUGUGGUGUAACUGUAUAAGCGUUUUUUAAACUUGAUGACUUCCAUGGUGCUAAGCCGAACAUGAAUCCUAAAGAGGAUAAAAUCGAUACUUCCUCGGUUUCAUGUCAUGUCAGAGAUCCGAUGCGAGCUGUAGUUGAUGCACCUGGUACUAAAAUAGCAAAGCAAUCCAUACACCAUUUCCAACCUCGAGCCCAUAAAUGUCAGUGAUGUGUGGAAAUUCGGAGUACUCCUAAACGCCAACGCUUUAGCAUGUUUGUGCUUUUUAUACCUAUAGAGACUUGUGUUGGAACAAAAUCAUGCCUGAGUGGAUAUUUGUUUCUUUUCGUCUUGUAGUAGAGGACACUACUUAAGCUAAUCGUGACUAAACAAAUCCUCAUUGCGUCAAGGUGUGAUGAUGUGGAUUGUUCCUGCAAUAAAUCAUUAAUGCCACAAUUGCACAUACAAUUGGAGUUUUACAUUUAUCUAGGGAGUUAGAAACUGCUUAAAAUGUCCUGAGUGUGAAAGCGCGUAUACUGGUUACAAAAUCUCUAUAUAUAUAUAUUUAUAGAAGAGUUAUUGAAAAUGUUUUUCAGUAGACGGUGGCACUUGGCACCUUAAUUUUCCUUGAAAGAUUUGGGAGUUGGUUCUCUUCUUCAUGCAGGAGAAAAAUCAACAAGCUGAUGCCAUCGUUUGGACUGUAUGGGCGUUCUGUUUAGUCCUGGUUUGUCUUUAUGGGAGUUUUUACCCAUAGGUCUGUGCUUUUUGUAUAUGACCAAGGUCUUAUCAGAGUUUUUCUUCAGGGUUUUUUCUGCCGUUCUUUUAAACCAUUUUCCCCAUUUUCUAACUUGAACAUUGAGGAUGAGUUCUUGCAACGUGGCCUUUUUAUGAGGUGAGGUUUUGAGCCAGCUGUUUAUUUUAAAUGUCUUAGUGGUCUGAUUUUAUUUGAGUUUCUUAAAGGAGAAGUUUCCUGGCAUUAAAUCAUGUUGUCGUCUCCUGCUUUUUCCAUAUUCUGUGCGUUUGUGUGGAGGAGGAAUCUCCGUCAAGAUCUUGAAAUUUAGCAUAUCUCAGAUUUUAAAAAGGUUAAAAUGUCCGAUUUUAAUCAAACCACCCCAAACUUGCAAGGAUUCUACCUCAAGCUGUUCAGACAACAUCAAGUAAUACUAAUGCAAAACUAGAUUUGCUUGGUCUGUUCUGUUGUGCAAAUUUGGCUUGUGUGUGCAAUGAAGGAUGCAAAGCACUAGUCAGACCUCCUGUGAUUUAAUGUGUCUCCCAGAGCUUCCUGGGAAAAGAAAAUCUGUUUCUUUGUAGAUCAUUAAAAAAAUAAAAGUUGUAUCGAAAUAGACUUAAAAAAAAAAAAAAAAAAAAAAAAAAAAA